AUGAACCGGGAGAUGACAGCAAUGUUCCCCAAUGGCAUCAGAGCCUUGAUUGUGGACGAUGAUGCAAGGUUCAUCAAGUCAUCUUCUAUGCUUCUUUCUCUCCUAAACUUCAAAGUGGCCUCUUGCGGGAGCCCUACAUCUGCACUUAAGUUCCUCUCUGGAGACAAGAACAAAGACGUCGACGUGGUCCUCGUCAACGCUGAGAAGUCUACCACCUGCGGCUUCGACUUCCGUGGCAUUGUCGAGUCCGAUCUGGCCAUCCCGGUCAUCUACUUGCUACCUGGAGAAGAAGGCCAAGGGGCCGACGACGGCCGCCGCGUGGUUCCCGCCGCCGCCGUUCACGCAUUUAUGGCCGGCGGCUCCAUUUCCACCACCGUCGUAGACGAGGAAAGGGAAGACGAAGAUCGGAUCCACUUCAAGGUGGUGGGCGCCGGCGGGAGAGGCCGCAAGAGGAAGAGCGGCUGCAACACCGUCGCCGCCGGCUCCUCCGGGACCACCGUCACAGGAGGCCAGACAGGCAAGAGACAGGGGAAGAUGAACGUGACAGGAGAGCACGAGAGGGACGCCGUGUCUACCCAGCAACAGCCUGCGACCCAGAAAGCAGCGCUACCUUUGGUGCGCCAGCAGCAGCAGCAACCCGCGGCAGCAACUACUAUCGAGGCCAUUGCUACACCACCCCGCUGGAACCAACCCGCGGCCGGCAACGUCGCCUUUGGCAACAUCGCACCGCCGACGGCAGUAGCAAACCACAUGGCUACCACCGUCACAUACGAGCCGGAGUUCUCCCGCGGCGGCAACGGCAACCAGCAGCAGCAGAACGUUUGUCCGCCGCUGAUGUUCGGGCCGUUCCCAUACCAGGGCCCGCCGCCGCCCGUGCUGAAGCAGGCCAUGUCGUUCCUGCCGCUGCCGCGAUACAGUGGGACUGAGAGCGUCGGUGGCGCAACCGUCGGAGCUUCUGCUGCAGCUGCAGGAGAGCACAGCAACGCCGCCACUUUUCUUCUUCGGACCCUGAACCUUGGUACAGAACCAGAUGGCCACGACGAGCUCUCAGCCACGAUGGCCAUGUACUCUGAGUCCACCAAUCCACCGGUGGCCAAGGCAGCAGCUACAGCAGCAAUGUACAGCGACAGCUCUAGCGCACUCAUGGCGCCUCAGCCGCAGCAAAUUGGUCACGGUGUGAUGGCAGGAUUGGCAGCAAAUAGGGCAGAAGCCACGGGCGCACUCAACACCAACAGCUACAUCAACUACAGCGCUGCAGCAGCCGUGGCGCCUCAGCAUGUUGGUCACGGUGUGGCACCAAAACAUGCAGCAGCAGCCAGACAAGAAGUACUCAACAAUGGCGACGACUUCAGCACCUACAGCACAUCACUCAUGCCCCCUAAUCAGGUUCUUAAAAUGGCUUCGAAUGUGAAUGAGCUGACAAUGGCAGAAGGAGCAUUUUUCAGCAACGCCAACGACGAAGCAUCGUUCACGGCGCCUCAGGAUCUCGCCGCGGCGCCAGAUGGUGAUCAGCUUGCACCAGGAGCGCUGGAAGCCAUCAGUGCAUCGCUCAUGGGGUCUCCGGGACCUGGCGCGGCGAUGGAUGGGAACCCUGGCCUCGAGCUCGAGGCAAUGUUUUCUCCUGAUCAGUACGACAACACCAUGUUCCCACUGGAAGCUCUCCUGGGGCUGGAUGAUGCUCCCGUGUAUGAGGCCGGCGUAGACUACCAGCAGGGUGGCGCAGCUGGCGGGACCGCCGGCGAUGCUGCAGGGACCUCGCUGAUCGGCGGUGCUGAUGACAACCUUGACGUCCUGGAUGAUUAUUUGUUCAUGGACAGCACUGGGGAUUUCAACAAUGGCCGCGAGUAA